AUGGACCGGCACCGCACGGGGGCGCCAGAGAGUCCGGCGACGGGCAGCCCGAGGGCUCAGGAGCCCAGCGGUUGGGAACCCCCUCCGACCUGUCUGCCUCAUCUUCCAUUGGGCAAGGGUUUGGUGCUGCUUCUGUAUAAUGUUGGCAGGUUUGGAGCUGCCGUGACUCACGACUGGGUUUCUUUUGCAGGGAUGGUCCCCAAAUGUGAACAGAAACUGCAAAAAGAAUUGGAACUCCUCAAAGCUCAGCUCUGCGCCCAAACCAAGGCAUUCGAGGCCCUGAGCCACUCCGUCACUCUGCUGGAGCGGGAGAACCGCCAGCAGCAGGGCCGAAUUGCACAGCUGGAAGAGGCUUUGAAGUUCAAGUUUGCCAGCUGCUCGUCUCAUGGGGUGGCAUUGGAGGGUGCGAUGCGGAAGAUGGUGGAGGACCUUUGGAGCGCCAUGAGCACGGAGGUGCGUGGGAUGCACGGCUCCAUCAGCCAGAAGGAAGGCUCCAUGGAGAAGCUGUCUGCAGAGGUCCUGGAGAGCAAGAAGAUCGUCUGGGAGGAGCUGGAAGGGGUGCAAGCUGAACUGCGGUGCAUCCGUCAGAAACUGAAGGACCAGGAUGUAGACAUCACCAAGAACUUGGUCGGCAUUAAGAAGAUUCAGGAGAACCAAGCGAGAUGCGUCAAGUUCCUGGCCCAGUGGAAGAAAAGAGUCUCAGGGGAUGCAUCAGAGACCCGCGUGGAGAGGGGGCAGCCACGGAAUGACGAUGUCAGUAUGAGGCCAAGGAGAUCAAUCUGAACGCCACAGCUGGAAUUCUCUUCAAACAAUGUUAUGCAGCAUCAGAUAUAUCAAAACAACUUCCAAUUUCAAUAAAAGAGUUCAAAAUC